AUGACUUUAGAACCGCGAAAAGAUCCUGAGUACUCGCCAUCGUCCACACUCUGCGUGAGCAGAAAAGGUGAUAAAUCUUCUUUCAUUGCAGACAACAAAGGCUGGACUCUCAUCGCUCGAUUCUCGAACAGCGAUAGAAAUAAUUGGAUGCGUAACGAUGGAAAAUGGUGGUAUGACCAGCAAACUGCAAAUGGAGCCACAAACAACCCCUCAGAGAACAACGACAUGAUCUCGCUAGCCUUUUGGUCGGUCAGCGGAAGAGAAAUAAAGAUCACGCGCAGUGACGACCCCAGCCACACCCCUUUGUUACAGAGCACAGGAAACUGUUUGGGUGGAAAAACAUUCCGAUCAAAAAUCAGUAGCUAUGGCGACUUUAGAAAUGGUAAAGUCUGGGCCAGUAAUCAAUGUCUGGGAAGUUGCACGGUUCAAUAUGGUGGACAAUACAAAUCAACAGAUGGGUUUCAACAAGCUGAAUGCGAUGGAAACAUCCAAAGCGCCAACAAGAUCGGCUUCUGGUGUGACUCGAGUAAUGGCGAUGGAUCAGUGAUGAUGAUUGGUGGAGGAGGAAGUAAAUGUAAACGUGCAGACCAUGGGAUUGGAAUCACAGAAAGUAACGCUGCUUCUUUUGUUGAAAGAGGUGGCAGUGAGUUUGAAUAUGACUUUGGUUCUAAUGCUAAAACAGACACCGCUGCAUCCCAGUCCUACUCGUUGAACUUAUGGAUCUGUUAAAAAUAGUCAGCUCUUCAUUUUUCAAACUUAGUUUAGGGCUAAAGAACUUUGCAGAGGAUGAAAUUAUUCAUUUAACGUCAAGAGAGGAAGCUGUGAACGCGCAGAUCAUGGAAUUGGAAUCACAGAAAUUGGCGAUGCUUCUUUCGUUGACCUCGGAACCCACGAAACUGAUGAUUGGUCAUGGUGCUCAAACAUCCAUCCCGGUCCUACUCGUUAAACUUAUGGAUCCGUUAAAAAUUAAUCAGCCCUUCGUUUUUCAAAUUAACUUAGUUUAGAUCCGAAGAACUUUUAACAGGAUGAAAUUAUUCAUUUAAUGUCACAUUGUAAUCCAAGUUUGAGGAAUAUCUUAAAGUGGUCAGUAAUCUCGCAUCUUUUUCCUCUCAGAGUAAAGAUGAAAUAACUUGACCAUCACUCCAGCCGCAACGCAAUAAGCUUUAAAUAUCUUAAGAUCCUCACCGUAAACAAUUUCAAUGCUAUAAGAACUUUUCGAGAAAAUUGUAUCCAAUGGAAUGAUUUUAAGUCGGACUCACAACUCAUUUUUUCCAGGAAA